UAACGCAAUAACGCAGAGGCCGUAUCGUGGUGGAGGUGCCGUUUGUUGAUGUUGUUGUUGUGCAGUGUUGUGGUGCCGUCUGCUCGCUAUUGCAAUUGUACUAUCAAACUUAAUCCGUAUGCGAACGGGCGCGCGCAUGAUCAAGAGUGUGUACGGGCGUUCCGUUGAGUAGCCGUUGAGUGUGCGCUGUUUUUUUGGUAUCAGUUUUUGAGGGUACUACUAGGUCGUUUUAGUUUCUUUUGUGGCAAUAUUAAGAGUGAUCGUGAAAAUUUUGUUCGUACAUUUUCGUAUGACUGUUUAGGACUUUUUGGACAGUGUUUCUCGAGAGCAACGUGUGAAGAAAGUGCCGGUAUGAUCAGUAGUUACUGCUGAGUCCGCCAACUGUGUGUCCGGUGUGUUUGUUGGUGAUCCUGCCUCCUCAUUGGUUGUCGUCCGCAGCAGCUAACUACAUCCGUCAAGUGUCACCUCACCUUUGCGCGCGAGAAUGUUGCUGCCCAGCGUGACGAGCCCCGGGAAGCUUGUGCUGGUCGUGUUCCUGCUAGCGGCCGGUGCGAUCAGUGCCGAUGUUGAGCCCGCCCAAAAGCCGCACUCGCGGCAGCCACGGGGACUGGGCUUCUUUCACAAGAUCACACACCUCGGCUCGCUGCUCUACCAGCAGUACAACGACACCACCUACACGCUGAAGAACGUGUACGAUCUGCUCAGCAACGAGUUUACCGACACGUUCACCACGACCACGCCGGACCCUCGCACGUCACCGACCACACCGGAUCCGUCCACCAGUACGACACCGAAGUACCGCAUCUCCCGGGCCGAGCUGGGGCGCAUCCUGAACCGCAACUAUCGCGGUUUGCAGAAGCUGUUCCGGCUCGAAUGGAACGACGCAUGGAACCAAACGAAGUACAACAUCGAUGACUACAAGCGGGAGCUGAAGAACUCGGCCUUUCCACCGCGCAACAAAACGGCCGGACCGAUCAACGUCAACCUGUCGGUGGAGGUAAAGGCGGACGUCAAAAAGCCGUAGCGGGAUGCAGCCACGUCCCAACAUUGAAUUCAGUGCGCAUUCUACAACUGUGAUAUGAUACAAAAGAAAAACAAUCUCGUCCCUUUUACGGAAUGCGUUAAAUCCUGUGCUCCAAAAAGGGAGCGUCCUGUUUCGGUGGCAGUCGGCAGCUUCCUGCUGCUUCCAGUUUCCCUUUAAAGUAAGGAGAUAAGCUUAGCUAGAACCUGAACCUGAGUAGAGUAGUUUAGGGCUUCCUAGAGGUACACGUUCCGGGGGGGAGGCACCACAGCGCUUGGGAUUUGGGAAUCGGAACGUCACAGUCUGUAUGUAUAUAGGUCGGUAGCCGGUGCAGUACCGUGAAUAAUCGCAGUGAAGGUAGUGCGAUGUUUGUUUUCAUUUUCUAGCUGGUGCUGUAAUAGGCGUAAGUUCAUGGGAAGCCUGGGGAAAGAAUAUUAAAUUGUAAUCUGGGUGUAGAUUAAGACAACCACCGCUUUGUGUGCGUGUUUGUGCAGUUGUGAGAGUGGUGGCGCUCGGGCGCCGUACAAGCAAUCACGUUCCAAUCGGCUAGACACAGUGGAGUGCGAUGGACGACUCUAUCGCAAUAAUAAUAAUAAUAAUAAUAAAAGAAACCCGUAUGACGAA